CUGAUACUCUCCCCACUUAUAUCCUCUCUCCAUUUGAUCUAAAUCUUCAAAGAGUAAGUUAUAAUAAUUCCACACAGCCACACUUCUUUUGACACCCUUAACUAGUUUGAGAUUUGUAUAGAAAUGAUUUUAGAGAGACAUGAAGCAACUGAAACAACAUACAACAGGAGCCAAGGUGACAUGAGAAGAGAGAGUACAGAAGAUGAAAAUCCAGGAGAGUGGCUGAAUCUGGGGUUAGGUCGGAAUUCAGUCUCAACAGGUAGAGAAUCUGCCUCACAAUUAAGACCUACUUCUGCCAAGGUUUUCUCAUGUAAUUUCUGCAUCAAGAAGUUUUUCAGUUCACAAGCAUUAGGGGGUCACCAGAAUGCCCACAAGAGGGAGAGAGGUGCAGCUAGAAGAUAUCAAUCCCAGAGAAUGAUCACAAUGAUGGGUUUGCCCAUGCACACUGCUAUGGUCCGAUCACUAGGCAUCAGGCCCCAUUCACUUGUGCACAAGCCAGGCAGAGACGGAACUGCACUUGUAGGAAGGUUUAAUGAAGCCAAUACAGAAUUCGGAAUGGCAUGUACACCUUACAUGCUGGAGGAUGCAAUGGAUGUGAUGUGGCCAGGCAGCUUUCACUUGAAUCCCCAGCUACAAGAGCCACCAUCCGAGCCACUCAAGCUUGAUUUAAAUCUCCAACUGUGAUCUAUCUGUUGUAUUACCAAGUCUGGAAUUUUCUAUUACCGUCUUUCCUAC